AUGGGUCCUCAAUCAGAGGGAGGCCCAUCUGGGACUGGAAGAAGCUAUGAUGGCCAACCACCCGUGGAUGACGGACGAUAUUAUCUAUUGGAUAGAGACGUUACUAUGCAAGACCAGCAACUCCCUAGACCCGGCGGCACGCUCUCAACAGAGAAUAGACACAAUGACUCGCCGUCGCGCAGUGCCGGCGGUAGAGAACGGGACAGGGAUGGAGAACCGCAGAAAAACAGCGGGGAGCGCAAUCGAUCGCGGCAGCGAAAUGGCAGGACUGCAUCUGGACAGCUCCGACUGUGCAAGAAGUGUUCUGAGCCUUUGACCGGACAGUUUGUGCGUGCACUAGGUGGUACAUUUCACUUGGACUGCUUUAGAUGUAGGGAUUGUGGUGAAAUAGUAGCUUCGAAGUUCUUUCCAGUUGACGGGGAAAAUGGAGAAGGGCAAUAUCCACUCUGCGAAACCGAUUACUUUCGGCGACUCGACCUCAUCUGCCACAAGUGCAACGGCGCUUUGCGGGGAUCGUAUAUCACAGCUCUCGAUCACAAGUAUCAUAUCGAACACUUUACCUGUUCAGCCUGCCCAACGGUGUUUGGCGCACAAGACAGUUACUACGAACACGAUGGCCAGGUUUAUUGUCACUACCACUACUCUACACAAUUCGCUCAGCGAUGCAAUGGCUGCCAAACUGCGAUUUUGAAGCAGUUUGUCGAGAUCUUCCGAAAUGGCCAAAACCAGCACUGGCAUCCCGAAUGCUAUAUGAUUCAUAAGUUCUGGAAUGUCAGGCUUGCGUCGUCACAGGAUAGUGCUGAACCGAAGCUUCAACUGAAGGAUAUCACUGAUGAGGAGGGACGCAAUGCUGUCAGGGAUCAAGAGGAGCGAAUGGAGGAGAAGGUUUACAGGAUAUGGAGUGUUCUCUCUACCUUCGAAGAGUCUUCCGCAGCCUGCAUCUCAGAUAUGCUUUUGCAUGUAAGCAAUGGGGCGUAUGUCGAUGGUGUGUUGGUUGCCAAGAAGUUUAUUUGGCAUGUCGAUAUCCUCUUCCGUGCGGCCGAUAAGCUGGAUGCCACUAUGGCUACGCAAGGCAUAAAGGGACUAUCUUACUCGCGGGAAGCAAAGCUUCUUUGCAAGAAGAUCGUGGCCUUCUUUGCCCUCCUCUCGAAGACACAAGAGACGGGCGUUAGAAAACUUGGCGUUACCCAAGAACUCCUUGCACUGGUUACUGGUCUAGCUCACUACUUGAAACUGCUAAUUCGAAUUUGUCUCCAAGGGUCUCUGAAGGUGGAGCGAGAGCAGAAGAACCCCGGAGGGUUACAUGUGUUUUUGGACGACCUCGGCGACAUGGAGUCUGUCAAAAACGAUGAUAGGUCACUAGAGGCUACGACUGGAACCCCCGGCCUGGCCGCAUCUAGCUCUGAUCAGUGUGCCAUCUGCAGACGGCCGAUCGAAGAUGAGUGCGCUCGUUGUGAAGAACGGAGAUGGCACCUUGCAUGCCUUCAGUGCCAAAACUGUGGGGUUGACCUAGGACAGAAUCUUCAGAGUGUAAGACUGGGUGAGAUGGAUGACCGACCCUACUGCAGCGAUUGCGAGAGUCUGGUUCGUGGUCCAAAAAUCGGCGGGUUCGACCGAGUAACAAGACUCCAGCAGUACGUCUUUCUUCUGAGGGUUGCCUUGGCACGGUUGUUGGAGAUGCUGCGAACCAGUGGCGCACUUCCUCAUACCUCGGAUGAUCCAAAUCUAAACGGCUACAACUCCAAUGAAGGCCACCGACUUCCGUCACAACCAGCCGAGCCUGGUUUGCUAAGAUCCGAUACACGCUCGAAGUCGUAUGGAGGAAACGCUGAUGAUAAUCCACGUGAGUCUACGUAUGAGGACACCCUCAACGAUAUCCGUCGAUUACGAAGUACCAGAAUGGACAAACAUCUCUCCUCCACUAUCAAGAAGGCUCGGACAUCCCGUAUCAUGGAUGGCCCAGAGGGCUCGAGCGUAAGACCAGGGUCUGCCGGAGCAGAUGGAUCAGAUAAGAGAAAUGCGGGGUUUCAAAUAGUUGAAGAACGAGACAGCAAUGGCGAGUCAAGAACCGAACUGAUGUUUGGUCACCAAGAUGCUCUCACGUUGGACGAUAUACCAAGAAUUGUUGCGGCUGAGCAAGCCAGAGAACAACGACCAAACGCUUAUAAGCAUACCCGACAUGAGAUGUUCCGGACAUCCAUUACAGAACCCAAACUUUACAACGGGCACGAGCGCAAUCUUUCCAGUGGUAAUGCCCUUGAUCAACCAGCCCCUGGAGAGCCUUCGCCGCAACGACGUGAUGUUGGCAAAAAGUACUUUUCCGAGCUGUCCGCUUUGGAAUACUUCAUUGUCCGCCAUGUAGCGGUCAUUGCAAUGCAGCCAAUGUUGGAAGGCCACUUCACUAUGGAGGAGCUUCUAAACCUCAUUGAGACAAGAAAACCCACUUUCUGGAACAAGAUGGGAAAGGCUUUCAAGAACGAUGGAAAGAAGGGUGGCAAAAAGAAGGGAGUGUUUGGUGUACCACUCGAUGUCAUUAUCGAACGAGAUGGAGCCGAUUCCACUGACGGAAUUGGCCCUGGGGCCUUGCGCAUACCAGCAAUUGUUGAUGAUGCUGUCACCACGAUGCGGAAAAUGGACCUAUCCGUUGAAGGCGUCUUUCGUAAGAAUGGCAACAUCAAGAGAUUGAACGACACAAUGGCAGCGAUUGACAAGGACGGUUGCGACGCGGUGGACUUCAGUAGAGAGAACGUUGUGCAGGUUGCAGCUCUGCUAAAGAAAUAUCUCCGCGAGCUCCCAGAUCCCCUGUUGACUUUCAAGUUACAUCGUCUAUUCAUCGCAACACAAAAGAUCACUGAUGAAGACAAGCGCCGUCGUCUACUGCAUCUGACCUGCUGUUUGCUUCCGAAACCUCAUCGGGAUUGUCUUGAAAUUCUUUGUUCGUUCUUCAAUUGGGUCGCUUCUUUCCAUCAGGUGGAUGAGGACUCCGGCUCAAAGAUGGACACCCAUAACCUGGCCACAGUCAUCGCACCGAAUAUUCUGUUCACUAAUGCUAAGACCCCUGUCGACGAUAAUUUCCUGGCGAUCGAGGUUGUACACACGCUUAUAGAGUGUAACGAGCAGAUGUGUGAAGUGCCCGAAGACCUCCAAUCAAUCCUAGGUGACCAAGUUCUCUUCAACAGCUCUAGCGACAUUACUACCAAAGAGAUUCUCAAGCGAUAUGGAGAUAUUGGCAACAAUAACGGACCUAGCCAUCAAGUUGAGGCUACCGAAUCUUCACGGUCAAAAGAUGGAAGUGGACGCGCCAUGGCCCCUGUGGUAACUCGCGUCGAUACCGACCCAUCUCAAACCCAUGCAUGGCAAAAGGAGAGUAGUGUGCGACAUGUCCAGGAGCCUUCCGCACCUUACUCUGCAAGACAGGGUAAUCAAAACACCCCUCCACAGCAGUGGCAAGGUCAGGAUUUCGAGCCCCCUACGCAGUAUCCUCACCGCCAUGGCACGCCAGACAGCCAGCCCGACAAACCUCGUCGUGAAUACCGAAAUUCUGCAUGGGGACGGCCUCCAGUUGGCAUCGGCGGAGCUGUCUAA